CGCUGACGGUGUGUGUGCAGAGGGUGUGUGCCUGUGAGUCCCAUAGGACGUGGCAGGUCCGGGUAGGGGCCCAGCUGGGGUGGCAGGCUCUCCUUUGCCCAGCUGGCCACCAGUCUUGAGGGAGUCUUGCGCCCACCGCCCACCGCCCACCGCCCACCGGGGGACAAUGCACCAGGCUGACCGCUAUCCCUGGCUUUCUCCAGCUGUGAACGGCUCAGCGGGGCAGGAGACGCAGAGGCAGCUUCCAGAGGUGCUGAGUGGGGCCCGGGAACCACCUCGGGAGGAUGGGCUGCCUCUGCUCACUGUGAUCAUCGCUAUCUUUGUCCUGCUGGCAGUCUGUAUCGUGGUGGCAGUCCACUGUGGGCCAAGUCUACACCAGGGCCGUGCCACUCUCCCCACAGAGCCACCAGCCCCAAAGCCAGAGGGUGGCAUCUACCUCAUCCACUGGCGAGUGCUGGGCUCCCAGGACAUUCAUGGAGACACCCAGCAGGGCCCUCCUGUCUCUGGCUCCUGCCUUGUGCCAGAUGGGCCUAGGCUCAGCAUCGACGAAGUCACAUAUCUGUAGGAGGAAGACUUUGGAAAGUAGGCCAGACCUGGCUCAGAACAAGAAACUGGACAGAGAAUUAGGGCAACGGCAAACUGGGGCCGGGGUGUCAGAUCUUUGGAAGGGCACACGUGGACUAAGCUGGAGCUGCCCUCCGGGCAGAAUACAGAGAAAGCCUUGGUGGGGAAAUAAAGAAGCUUGAGGGCCCUGCCCAGA